CCCCGCGCUCGGAGGGCCGGGGAAAGCUCCCGCUGGCGCGGGGGGGGGGCCGCGCGAAUGGACUGACCCAUCCCCCGCCCGCGGGGGAGGCCGCCCACUGGAAGGGCAGAGGAGCCGGAUAAUUAUAAACCCGGAUGAUUAAAAAUUGACAUCGGCGGAGGCGACCAUGUCCGUGGCCUUCGCGUCUGCCCGUCCUCGAGGCAAAGGGGAAGUCACCCAGCAAACUAUCCAGAAGAUGCUAGAUGAAAAUCAUCACCUAAUACAGUGUAUUAUGGACUACCAGAGUAAGGGUAAAACAGCAGAAUGUACUCAAUAUCAACAAAUCCUGCACAGAAACUUGGUUUACUUGGCAACAAUAGCAGAUUCUAACCAGAAUAUGCAGUCCCUACUUCCUGCUCCACCAACGCAAAACAUGAAUCUGGGUCCAGGAGGAAUGACUCAAAGUGGAUCGAACCAAUCUCUCCAUUCCCAGAGCAAUCUGAGCGAGGCAAUUGGGACAGGCCUUCCUCCUUCUUCUCUUAUGCAGAGUCAGAUUAGUAAUGGUCCCAGCCAUGUGUCCAUGCAGCAGUCAGCUCAGAAUACCAUGCCAACCACUUCCAUGAGCAUGACAGUCAGCAGCCAUGGUACGGGGCCCGGUUAUAGCCACACUGUGCCUGCGUCUCAGAACGUGCCAAUGCAAGGUCAAGGAUCAAUAGGCAAUUAUGUGUCUCGAACAAAUAUCAACAUGCAGUCUAACCCAGUCUCCAUGAUGCACCAGCAAGCGGCAACAUCACAUUACAAUUCAGCACAAGGAGGGACUCAACAUUACCAAGGGCAGUCCUCAAUUGCCAUGAUGAGCCAGAGCAAUCAAGGCAACAGCAUGAUGGGACAGCGGCCCAUGGGCCCUUACAGACCCUCACAGCAAGGUUCUUCUCAGCAGUAUAUGGGGCAAGAAGAGUAUUACAGUGAGCAAUACAGCCACGGACAAGGCACAUCAGAGCCAAUGAAUCAGCAAUACUACCCAGACGGUCAUGGUGAUUACGCCUACCAACAGUCAUCUUACACUGAGCAGAGCUAUGAUCGGUCAUUUGAGGAUUCCACUCAGCAUUACUAUGAGGGGGGAAAUUCCCAAUAUAGCCAGCAACAGGCAGGAUACCAACAGGGAGCUGCACAACAGCAAACGUAUUCGCAACAACAAUACCCAAAUCAACAAAGCUACCCAGGACAACAACAAGGAUAUGGUCCUGCCCAGGGAGCUUCCUCACAGUAUUCCAGCUACCAACAGGGACAGGGGCAACAAUAUGGAAGUUACAGAGCAUCUCAGACAGGACCAUCUGCCCAACAACAGAGGCCUUAUGGUUACGAACAGGGCCAAUAUGGAAACUACCAGCAAUAAAGAACAAGCUUCUUCGUCGAGUUCAUUUCAGUAGUAUGUCCGUCUUUCGAACUGGAUGUACAGGCGGUUUUGAUUAAUUGUAAUAUGUUGGUUAUCCCUUAGCACAAAGCAGCGUCUGUAUGUGAACAGUGUUCAUUUCAUGCUGGAUAUGAAGCAGUGCACUACUGGUAACAAGACAAUGCUUUAAUGGUUUGAUAUAUUUGGUGCUGUGUAUAGUAUUGUAUGUUGAUACAAUGCAGACUUUUCCCCCCCCUCCCCAUUCUUGAUGUUUCUAAAUAGCUUUAGGGAUCAUUUCAGAGUUUCACGUGCCCAGUUCUGGAAGCAUCUAGUAUAUUCUGAAGUCCAUCAACCCAUUCAGAAAGAUCUUAAGCCGAAUUUCUCUCUGCAGUUUAUCCUGUUGGAGGGUAUGAAUCCUUGUCUAACUGGAUGCAGUGCAGUUGGUCUUUUUAUGUGGCAGCUUCCAGAGCAUUUUCUGUGCUACAAGAUAAAAAGGAAAAAUCACAUGUCAUUUCUUGGAGAUAUUAUGAAGAGAAGUUUCCAAGGCUUGCUAAUUGCCUUUGUUGUAUUCUGACUCGGUUUGUAAACAGCUCUUUGUUUGUUAAAAGGUAAAGAGGAAUCAGUGACUGUAUUUGAACAAUAUGAAUCUAGAAAGGAACUUUGUAAUGGUCCAGGUGAACCAAGAUGAUCACACAGAAAGAAAAAUAACACAGAAACCCAAAACGAAACCCAACCAGGCUGGAUCAGAAUGCUAGAAAUUAACACUGCCUCAUGCCAUGUUUACCUGACCCACAUUUCUGGCCAUAUUUUAGUUUUUAAUAAGCCAGUCCAAAAUACGCAGCAUCAUUUGGGAAGGAAUGGCAAAUUUUCUAAGCAGUAGGUUGGCUGCUAAUUUUUUAUAUUUAAUUUUUCCAGAGUCCUUUAGUUCAAAUCUUCCAGCAAGUAUAUAUUGCUAGUUUCAUCAUACCAUCUGCCUAACGUGGUUUUCAUUUUCCUUUAGGAAUUUGAUAGGGUUGUUAUCCAAUUCUUUUCCGCCAAAGAAUAUUUUCCUGUUCAUUUUCAACCGCAAACCCACAAAUACCUAUUUUAAAAAGGGUAAUCUGUGGAAAUACUAUUUGGAGAAAUUUAGGUAGAAUUUUUAAAAGCAGGACUUCAGUGCAUUGUUAAAAAAUAAAGAUUCCUGAUCUCUUCCUUGCCACCAUGUAAUCAUGUCUUCCAGCGAUUACAAAAAAUAGGAUCUUAGAUCCUUUGAAAUCCCUAACAAUUUAAUCUCUAUUUAAAAGCCAGCAGGCUUCAUAAAGGCAAAAUAAUUACUUUAUGAGAAUUUAUCAAAGGAAUAGGGAUGGUAUUACAUGAAUGAAUGCAUGAUGAUCGAGGAUCAACUUUUAUUUGGAUGAUAGAACUGUCCAAAGUUAAUUUACUAAAAAGACUAGGGAAAAGUAAAAUUUGAAAAAAUGUCCUCAGUAAUAUACAUGUGAAUAACAGAUUGUACCCUUGCAUAUGCCUUUACUGGAGUGGAACCACUCUUUCCUUUUAAACUGCCAUGUUCCUGUAUAUUUUAAAGAUUAAGAGCAGCCUGAAAAAUAGAUGCCACUCUUGGGAUGAACGUUUAUGUUUUCUCCUCCUUAGGAGAAACAGUUGAAAAAACAGAGGAGUUGAAUUUUGGUACAUUUAUCGCUUCCAUUUAAAUUUUUCUCUCUAUUCUUCCCUGACCACUUAGUCACAACCAAGUAAUAGUUCAACUGAGAGAUUGAUGUAAGAAAUUUCCAUCAACUACACUAAAAGUUGAAGGUAGCCAGGAGAAUGCAAUUUAUAUUGGUCCAUGCCCACCCAGAACUAUGCUUUUAUGUGGUUUUUUAAAGUGCUGAAACAAUACUUUUGAGAGAAAUGAGCAACAUUGAAAAAAUACCACCAACGUUACUUCAAUCUGAAAUGUCUUACAUUAAGAAUUUCUUGAAUGUUGUGUAUAUAUAUUUGAAAGAGCACUUUGGAAAAUAGUUUGUACAUUUAUUUCCUAAUUUAUACAUGAUUUUUGGUGUUAAUAUUUCUAAUUGUUAAUAACAAAAUGUUUAUUUAAUGUGUUGUCCAUUUUUCUGUAUUAAUGUGGGGGGAAAGUGAUGCCAGCAAUUCUGACUUUUUCAUUAAUUGUAUCGCAUCUUCUGUUCUGUAAUAUUGAAUGUUUGGAAAAGGCUUAGGCUAAAAAUGAAUUGAUCGUAGUGUGUGUUGAUGGUACUUUUUUUUUUUUACAAUGAAAGACUUUUGAGAAGACCAGUAAAGAAGCAGUUUGAGGGCUUUAAAAAAAGAUGCCCACUCCUCUCUCUUAUUAUCUGACCUGCAAGACAUGCAUUUAAAAAAUUAUAACCACAAGUUUCUGAAGUGCUGACAAAAUUAUGUUUGGCAUUCGAAGAUCUUCACAUUUUGGUUUGAUGUUGCACCAAUAAGUGUCUUUAGAUGAAAUGACUUUGAAAUACUACAGAUAUCAUCAGAAACUAAUUUCAGAAGCCAUUAUUAUUAUUAAAGUUUCUGCAGUGGAAAAGACUUCCUUGGCUCUUAAAGGAAAUAUUAAACUGCCCAUAUAGUUGAAGGUUAAAUGAGCCACUGAUUUUGUCAGAUUUUUUAUAUCUACAGAUUUGAAUAUAGGGCAUCCAUUCUGUAUUGUAAAAAGCGGGAAAGUAAUUUCAGUUUAUUUAAAAUUUUAUAGCCAUCAUUACAUUCCUAUUUACUGACUAAAUCCAGAUAGUCUCUGUCGUGAGUACGGUGCAUUUUUCAAUAAGCAUCUUUAUCAGUUGUUAAUUUUUUCAAUCAGAUUUGAAUUUGGUGUAUAAAUUCAGUUUCUCUAAGCUUUUGAUGUCAUCUAUUAAUAAACUG